AUGGCUCUUCAUAUUCAUGAAGCUUGCAUACUUCUGUUGGUCAUCCUUGGAUUGGUCACCUCUGCUGCCAUCAGUCAUGAAGACUAUCCUGCUGAUGAAGGUGACCAGACCUCCAGUAAUGACAAUCUGAUCUUUGAUGACUAUCGAGGGAAAGGGUGUGUGGAUGACAGCGGCUUUGUAUACAAGUUGGGAGAACGAUUUUUCCCAGGGCAUUCCAACUGUCCAUGUGUCUGUGCUCUGGAUGGACCUGUUUGUGAUCAGCCAGAAUGUCCUAAAAUUCACCCAAAGUGUACUAAAGUGGAACACAAUGGAUGCUGUCCUGAGUGCAAAGAAGUGAAAAACUUUUGUGAAUAUCAUGGGAAAAAUUACAAAAUCUUGGAGGAAUUUAAGCCCUCUCCAUGUGAAUGGUGUCGCUGUGAGCCCAGCAAUGAAGUUCACUGUGUUGUAGCAGACUGCGCAGUUCCUGAGUGUGUCAACCCAGUCUAUGAACCAGAACAAUGUUGUCCUGUCUGCAAAAAUGGUCCAAACUGCUUUGCAGGAACGACAAUAAUCCCGGCUGGCAUUGAAGUGAAAGUGGAUGAAUGUAACAUCUGUCACUGUCACAACGGGGACUGGUGGAAGCCUGCUCAGUGUUCAAAACGCGAAUGCCAAGGCAAGCAGACUGUGUAGGACAAAUUCCCAACCGAGGAGGAGUUCUUAGGAGAGGAUGCUAUGGAUUCUACACUGCACAUGUUUGAAACAAAACAAAACAAA